AUACCCCUUGCGCACAUCCAUGAAUGAUAGCUGGCUAAUCGUCAAGUGAACUAACUUUUCCUUAUCAAUAAAACCGCAGUCUGUUAAAAUUAUUGUUAUACGGCAGUGUUGUAAAUCUCCAAAACUAAAUCACCUCAGGACCCAGCCACUCGCGUGGCUGGUGACGGGCAUUGGCGAACCCGAGGUUAUCCGAUGCUACGAAGGAGUGUAGCGCACCUCCUUCGCUUAAUACCGUAAUCACAACCUGCGCAUCCAACAACCCCGAUUCGCGCAUCGGGGUACGUUUGCGAGGAUUUGUGACCGGGGGGCUUGCCUUAACCGGCCGUCCUACGAGGAUGACAACCUCUAUAAAAAAUCCCUAAUCCACUGGUCGGUUUUGCAGUUUCUGGCACCAAUCUGUUGGGUUGUGUCAGUCGGUUGCGACUGACAUGGCUGGGGGGCUCCAGUCACGAGCGAUGAAACGCCGCCGGAGAAAUGGGCGAACUCCGACGCUCCGAGCCUUGCCCCAGGAAGGGGCGUCACCCUGGGGUGGACCCCACACUAUCGUCCCAUCUCGUGGGAAUAAAAAUGAAUUUUGAAGAUAUUACAACGAAAAUGGUUGAUGCCAUGACACAAACGACGGGAAUAACCAUAGGAGAAGAGAGGUCCUUUGCCGAAUUUACCAAAUUGGCCGAACGUGAAUGGACGGAGGUCCAUUACGUGAAAGUUAAAAUGACGGCAAUUAGUCCGCUUGAUAUGUUAGAAGAGGUAUCUCCGGCUAUUAUCAUAUCUAGGGACAAAAAUGACGAAAGGGGAUUGCUGCGCUCGUUUUUACUUCGAUUUAAUCCGGUUUUGAGAGAGGUUAUGUGCGAAAGUGAGAACCGCUUAAAGUUUGAAGUCGUAUCGAUAAAGCAAAGAGUAACGUUGACGGAACCAAACGAAAGUCCCCAACCGCCAAACGACACGUAUAUGUUUGUGAUAGUCGGUGAUGAGCUAGAAGUGGCAAAUGGAUCACUGGAAAAAACAUACCACUCUCUAGUCGAGCUCAAAAACAGAGUAAAGCUAUUGCCAGUCAAACAAAUCGCUGUGGCUUGCGAUCUUAGACACAGACCUGAAUACCACAGGAAGAUGCUCGAGUACAUCUUCAGAGGUGAGGAGAUAGAAGUCACUUUUUGUGUCCCCACUUCCACUAAGGAGCGAAAAGAGGACCGUAAAAUGGAUACUGUGAUGAUAAGUGGCCGCGCACCGAUGAUUACUUACGAUUCCACGUUGCGUGAAGUACGUGAACACUUGAAGGACACUUGCAGUAUCACUUCUGUAACGUGGAUAAAUUCAGGCAAAUUCUUGUUCCAAGUCGAGAAAGGGCUAGGAAGGAUCGUAAAGGAGAUCCUCGUCUCUAAAAUGGGCCCUUAUUGGAUCACAUGGAAGGGUCCUAAUACACAAUUCCGACGUCCCAAAAAGAAGCAAGACGUUUUCUGUUACAAAUGUUGGGAGUUGGGUCAUUUGGGCACGGAAUGCAACGGUGUCGAUAGAAGACACUUGUGCCAGUGGUGUGGCGAGGAAGGCCAUUCCAGGAAAGAGUGCACAAAUCACUACUUCUGUCCAGUGUGCAACCAAAACAAACACAGGGCGAGGACACCAAGAUGUGGAAACACCCAAAAGAAGGCGCAGAAAGCCUCCGAAUGUACGGAAAAUACUAAAACGAUUCAGACAGAAGGACGAUCCUUUCUUGAUUUUAGGAAGUUGGUCAGGGGUGAGUGGAGCGAUACCGUUGAGUACGAGAAAGUUAAAACGCUCGCUGUGAGUCCGUUUGACAUGCCUGCAGACGUAGCCAAGGCCAUAAUCAUAUCGCGACUUCAAAAGGAGGAAGGAGCUUUGUUACGCUCGUUAUACGAGCGUUAUCCAGAAUUGAGAGUGGAAAUGCGUGAAUGCGGCAAGGUAAUGGAGUUUGGAGUUAAGUACUUGAGGCAAAGCAAAGUGUUUUUCCCACAUGAGGACAGCUACGUGUUUGUGGUAGUAGCAAACGCACUGAAAGGGGCAGUCGGUAAAUUACAAAGAACAUUUAAUUCUCUACUGGACCUGAAAGAGGAAGUUAGAAGAGCGGGAAUCGCUAAAAUUGCUGUGGCUUGCGACCAAAUGUUCAAACUCGAUUAUCAUAGGAAGAUGCUUGAAUAUAUCUUCCGAGACGAGGAGGUGGAAGUCACUUUUUGCACUCCCCCCUCUGGCGAAGAAGUUGACAUUUGGCAUCCUAAGAAAGACAAACCGAAUCAUGAUACCAUCUUUAUCACUGGUCAUGGGAGGAAUGUUACACACAGAUCGUUGUUACUUGAAGUGCGUGAACACUUGAAAGACUUUGAAUCCGUCAUCACCGAAAUAAAGAAAGUUCACAGAAGGAAACUCUUAAUGCAGAUUGAGAAAGGGCAAGGUUCGUACAUUUCGGAGAUCCUUCGCUCGAAAAUGAGCCAACAUGUCAUCUAUUUAAGAGCGGUGGAGCAACCGCCGUACGAUGGUUUCUGUUCCAAGUGUUGGGAAUAUGGCCAUACGCGUAAGACUUGCCAAGGUGUGAACAGAUCUUAUAGUUGCCGCAGGUGUGGACUGGAAGGUCAUUCGACCAAGAAAUGCAAAAGACCGGAGUUCUGUCCGGUGUGUAAUGUCGCAGGACACAGGGCGGGAAGACAGGAGUGUGUGACUCGCAAAAUAGCGAUGGCACAGAUAGAGCAUGAGGAACUGAGUGAAGACUCGGUUUCUUCAAGUGAAUCAGAUUAAAUAUAUAAGUAAGAGGAGGGGGGGGGUCGACUUGGAGGGAUGUAUUGUACAUUUCGUCAAGCUGGGGGAGUGGAAUUAGAGAAUAGCUGUAGUGUGUGGUGGUAGAGUAAGUGGCCACAAUGACAAAAAGAGGUUUCGUACGUAAAUCUCAUAGUGAGUUUAGCAAAUACGGCUAAAAAAUAACAUAAAUAAAUAAUAAAUAAAAUGGAAAUUAGAAGCAGAAGGCAUCGUACACAUCAUAAGAAAUUGUAUUGUUUCCUAUUCCCUAUACUAUCCAUUACACUACACCGUACUGGUAUUUCUAGAUUCGUAGUAAAGAUGCUCUCUGUUAAAAUGCACCUCUGAGCACAGAACGGGUCUUGUGUGGAUAUUUAAGCUGCAGGAUACUUUGAGAUUACUUCCUUUGAAUUUAAUUUUUUGAAGCUUUCUUCGUUCUGUAUGUAGUUCCUUACCAAGAACAUGGAAUACUCAGCGUGUUACUUCUGAGCAUUCUGCAGAUUGACUGUCUACAAAUUAUUGCUGGGUCGUCAAGUUUUUAGGUGUACUUCACAUAGAUACGUCAGUCAAGGUGAUAUCGCCAACACGCCAACUAUACAUGAAGAGCAAAGAACCUGUUCAUCAUUCAUAACUGAGAUGAAAGAUCGGGAGCAAAGUGAAUUUCUUCCCGCGAAGCAUUAAAGUUAUUAAUUAAUUAUUAAUGACUCCGUUUAAACCUACGCUGGCCUAGCAUUGCUUCAUAUGAAUGCGACAAUCAACGUGGUAUCUCAAACAACACAGAAAAGCACAGAACUUGUUCAUCAAGAUAAAAGAUCUGUGUACCAACUCUAAUAUCAUCAGAAUGGAGCCCAUUAUGCCAACUUUCUAGUCGGGAGUUUAGGAGCUACAUUUAAAUAAACACAAAAAACUGCAAAUUUUUUAAGCAUUUAAUAUCGGGAGGUAAAAGUUUUAUAGAGAUUUUUAGUUUAUUUGUUUAUAACUUCUUUAGUUUUAUUCUUGUAAUAAUAAUAAGUAAAUUGCAGAUUAUAUUUGUUACAAGUAGGUAAACGUUAAAUUGCUUAUUUUCUUUUCUUUAGUCGCUUAUUCUGUAUCAAGAUGUAACAACCGACAUGAAAAUAAAUUUAUUAUUAUUUACCUAUUUGUAAUUUUCAAAUUGUAAAUGAAACUGAAUAAAGACCUCAGUAGUACAACUUUUUUUCCUCAGCUCUUGGUCCUUAAAAACAAAACAAUUUUUUAACCGAUCACAAAAAGUGGUUAAAGUUACAAAUAUUUCAACAACAAAAAAAUUCAGCAAAAAAUUGCUAUAAAAAAUGACCUGCAUACGCAAAAAAUCCAACAUAAAAUUAUUCGUAUCUAGGAAAAACAGUAAAAAUAAACA